AUGGCUGGUAAGCACUCAGCUUUGCGGGCGCCACGUACGGUUUGGAGGCACUUAGCUCAUUCGGCGACAGAUGAACCUCGCCGAUCCGGUCGCGCGACCAAAGGACAACACACGAAAGAGCGCGAUAUCCUCGAAGAUGCACCUGCGAAAAAGAAAGGCAGAGGAAGAGGCGCGAAAGCCAGAACCUCGGAGCAGGAGGAAGAAGGCGACGAAAUCAUUCGUUGUGUCUGUGGAACAUACGAGGAAGAGGAAGAUGUCCCUCGGGCCAUGAUAUGCUGUGACAGCUGUUCAGCAUGGCAACAUAACGGUUGUAUGGGUCUCCCCGAAGACUACGAGGUCGACACGUACUUUUGCGAACAGUGCAAGCCCCAAAAUCACAAGCCUUUGCUGCAGGCUAUUGCGAGAGGAGAGAGGCCGUGGGAAGAAGCAAUCAGACAGAGAGAGAUAGCUAUAGCGGCAGAGAAAGGAAAGAAGAAGAGUGGAAGGAAGGGUCGAAAAUCAGGAGGCCCUCGAAGCAGUGAAGUGACUUCUCGCGCGUCUUUGGAGGCGGAAGAGACGACACCACAGGCGCCUUCAACUGGGCAGAAGCGCAAACUCGAAGAAUCUCCUGAUGUGCCAGAACUCAAGGUAUGUUUGUUGCCCGAGAGUAGCAGUGGGUUCAAUCUGACUUCACGACAGAACAAAAAGGCUCGAGGGACACCUGCUUCGGAAACCAAUGGCGCACAACCCUCGACUGCAGCCCGCAAGCCCAGUCAGUCCACCACUCCUUCGAGACAAGCAUCGGGAUCAGAGUCGAUUCCUGCCGCUGUGUCGGACUUGAAAGAACUCACGAACACGUCGAGGAAGCAAGCUGCGUCAACCUUGAUCAAGCUCAUAGAACAACAAAUCAAAGAUGCCGUAAAACAAGGCGAAUAUAAUGUCCCCACUGGCUCGAGUGCGAGCGACACCGCAAGUCGACUCGGUCUGGGUCUCGAAGAUGCCUUAUAUCAAAUCCAGGCUGGUGGCAACGGUGACCCGAAUGAAGCCUACAAAGCCCAACUACGGUCGAUAACCUUCAAUGUGAAGAAGAAUCAUGCAUUAGGAGUAAGGCUGUUUAAAGGAGAGCUUCCCCUACGCACGCUCGCGGCAAUGGAUCCAAAGGACAUGGCCAGUGAGGAGCAGAAGAGAAAGGAUGCGGCUGUCAUGAAGGAGCUGGAGAAGCAACACACCAUCAUUGAAGAUCAGGGACCCCGCAUCAGACGGACACAUAAGGGCGAAGAAUAUGUGGAUGAGUCGAGACAGGUUGCCGCAGAGUCUGUAACCUCAAACGCACCCGCCAGGAAAGCAAGCGUUAUAGAGGAGGAGGCAGAGCAGCCGACGAGUCCUGUUGUGAAGAGUCCCAUUGCGGCGUCGGCCAAUGCGGGCAAAGGAGUCACGCAGACGAACCCCAGAACCGGGGUCGACAGCUCGAGAAAAGCGUCUUCCACUAAUUUCGACAUUGACAAAGUGUGGUCGAACGUUCAAGGCUCCCCAGAUGCUGAAGGGCAGCGCUUUGGUGAACUUUCCCAGCACUCACCAACCAUGAAUGUUCGAGAGCCCAUGGGUCCUGGUGCUAAGGCUGAUGCAGACAUCGACGAAUUGCUCAAGGAUGAAGACGCCGAGUCUCCGCCGUACUCUCCCAAGGAAUCCGGAGAGAGCGACGGUGUGGUCUGGAAAGGCGUCGUUAAUGGUGGCAAUUUGGGCCGGUUUCACGCGGCAGCGAAAUAUGCAGCUGGGGCGACUCCUGACUGUGAAACCUUGCGGAUGACCUACAACCAACUCAUACCGCCCGAGAUCGCUAUUGGCGGUCGGAUCCAACCUGCCCGAGCAGACGAAUACCUCUGUGGGCUAGAGUACAGCAACAGUUCGGAUCUUGUUAUUGUCUGGAUGCCUGAGCCGCAGGACUCGCACGAUGCAGAACAAUUUGACAAACUCUGCCGGUAUUUCAAGGCUAAAGAUCGAUUUGGAGUUGGAAUUCAGCAUCAGAACCCGGCCAUCAAAGACAUCUAUCUCAUCCCCCUAGAUGUAGGGCAAGAACUCCCGACUUUCGUCAAAAAACUCGAAACGGAGUUCCCAGACCCUGCGCGCGAGCGGAUGCUUCUGGUCCCGAUCGUCAUCAAAAACAGUGAACUGCCUCAUAACAUGACUGCAGCGAUGGUGGACGGGGCGGUACAGAGCCCAACAGCUCGGGUCCCUAUUGCACAGACACCAAUCACUCCACACGAAGGCAGUUUCGAGCCACCACAAUUCAGCGCGUACGAACAGUCCCCGGUGCCUGGUCAACAUGGCAGCUCCAAUGGCACUACUCAAAUGGUGCCACCGCAGCCGUAUCCACCCAAUCUUACGACACAACCGCAAGCUCAGCAGUCCUUCUCGACAUUAAUUCCUGGCGGCCCACAAUACCCUCCUCAACUGUCGGUGGCUAUGGUCAACGCACAGAAACUGCUUGGACCUCUAGCGGCCAGCCCUGCCGUUGUUCAGCUGUGUUCUCAAGUGCCGGAGGCAGGCGAAAAUGAGUUCAAAGUCAUCAAGGAGUGCCUAGAGAAGAAUCCCGAGGCGGGAAACAGCCUGGAAGUGUUGACGGGAAUGCUCCAGCAUUUCACUGCUCCUAAAUCUAAUCCUGGAACCGACGGCGGUGGAGGAAAAUAG